AUGGGCCGAGUUCGCACCAAGACGACAAAGAGGGCUUCCCGUGUUCUCAUUGAGAAAUACUACCCCCGCCUCACCCUCGACUUUCACACCAACAAGAGGAUAAUCGAUGAAGUUGCCGUAGUCCCCUCAAAACGCCUCCGCAACAAAAUCUCCGGCUUCACCACCCAUCUCAUGAAGCGUAUCCAAAAAGGCCCCGUCCGCGGUAUCUCCUUCAAGCUCCAGGAAGAGGAGCGCGAGAGGAAGGAUAACUAUGUCCCCGAGGUGUCGGCGCUUGAUACUAGUGCCACUGGGCUGGAGGUCGAUGCUGAGACCAAGGAACUCCUCCAUGCGCUCAACUUUGAUACUAUCCAAGUAUCCGUUAUCCAGCCGGCUAUUCCAGAGAGGGCCCCCAGGAGGGAGAGGAGGAACGUUCCUGGUGCUGGGCGGUAG